CAGCGCGAGCAGGCUCCCGAGUCGUGGGGUUCCGAGUUGCGGGGUCCUGCGCUGGUCAGGGCAGUUCCCGCGGGCGCCAUGUCCCGAAACCUGCGGACCGCGCUCAUUUUCGGCGGCUUCAUAUCUCUGGUCGGCGCCGCCUUCUACCCCAUCUACUUCCGCCCCCUCAUGCGGCUGGAGGAAUACCAGAAGGAACAAGCUAUAAACCGGGCUGGUAUUGUACAAGAAGAUGUGCAACCACCAGGGUUGAAAGUGUGGUCUGAUCCAUUUGGCAGGAAAUGAGACGGCUGUCACCAACUCUGAUUGUAAAAUUAGACAUCUUCAUGCUCUAUUCUGCUGCAAGUGCAAUAAAUCACCUCGCUGUAGAGCAACGGUCUGGACUCUGUAAUGCCGUAAAUGAGGACUGUGCACGAGGAUUAAUAUUUCCCUUCUUAAGUAUCAAAAGCACCCUGGAACA